GAGGGAGGGAGGGAGGGAUGGAGGGAGAGGACACCGCGCAACGGCAACCUGAGACGCGCGUCCUCCGUCAGAGCGAACGGGAACUUUGAUGGUUUGACGGUGAAACCUAUGGAAACGUGGAGAUGAUGUUCCAGUCCUUUAUGAUGGAUUCGUCUUUCAGCGUGUCCAGAUAUGUUGUCCUUGUGCUCGUCUCCUAAUAGACUGCUGAUCCAUUUUUCUUCUCAAAUAGCUUUUGUGAUUGAACACUUGAGUCCGCGUGAAGAACGGUGAAGGAAACGGGGCGCAUUGUUUGAAUUUUCAUUAUCAUAAAGGACUUCCAGUUCAUACAGGAUUCGUGAUGUCUGCAGCAUACCGCUCCUUGUUCCUUUUACUGUUGAGUUUGCUCUCGGCCGGGGCUCAGACCGAGAUGAAGCGGGUUGUUGGGGACAAUGCCACAUUGCCUUGUCAUCACCAGUUCUGGCAGUCGAAUGGGCAAACACUGGACAUAGAAUGGCUCCUGCAGAAACCCAACAUCAAACAGCGCGUGAUCAUUACAUUCUUCAACAACGAGGUCUACACUAACGACAACCAUGCCAGUCGUCUGUCCUUUGCGGGCGACUACCUGAACGGAGACGCCUCUCUCCUGAUCAGCGACCUGCAGCUGACCGACUCUGGAGAAUACCACUGUAAGGUCAAGACUGGCGGCAAAUACCACUGGAGCCAAGUCAACCUCAUUGUGCUGGUGAAGCCAUCUAAACCCCGCUGCUGGAUGGAAGGCCGGCUUCUGGAGGGCAGUGACGUGAAACUGAGCUGUAAGUCUUCAGAUGGAUCCGACCCUAUUCACUACAAGUGGGAGAGAGUUCUGGAUAAGGGCAAGAGCGUGGGAAAACUGCCUCCCCUCGCACUCAUCGAUCUGAAGAACCCAGAGAUGGUGACCUUGAGGAACUUGACACAGGACAGCUCCGGGGUCUACAAGUGCACCGCCAGCAACGAUGUAGGAGAGGAGAACUGUAUCAUCGAGGUCACAAUGCAAUAUGUGCGGGGCAUGGGUGUGGUGGCUGGUGCUGUGGUUGGCGUUUCAUUCGGCGUUCUGCUCCUCAUUCUCAUCAUCUGGCUGGUCUUCCGCAAAAAAGAAAAGAAGAAAUAUGAGGAGGAGGAGACACCUAAUGAGAUCAGAGAGGAUGCAGAAGCUCCAAAAGCCAAGCUGGUGAAGCCCAACUCCCUCUCCUCAUCUCGCUCUGGCAGCUCCCGCUCUGGUGCUUCCUCAACACAGUCCAUGGUGCACAACAGUGUUCCCCGAAGCCAACGUCCACGGCCACCUGCUGCUGCCGCCCUCAAGGAGAACGGACAACCCCACGGGUUUCCCCAGUCUCCCCCGGCCUACACGCAGGUCGUGCCUAAAACCCCAGAACCACCUGCCACCCCAAAAUUCAAACCCCUCAGUCCUCCAAUGGUCAUGUCUAUCCCAGCAGGCAUCAUUGUCCCUGCUCAAAGCAAGGCCUUUCAGACAGUGUAGAAAGUAAAGGAAACAUGGCCUGGUACGGGUCUCAGUACAAGAAACCCACAGUGACUCUUUCAAAAAUUGCAACUAUGAUUGGAAAAAUAAAAUACACACAAACACACACACAAACAAAACUAUAAAAUAAAAGCAUAAUUUAAAAAAAAUGUAAUCAAUCAUAUAAAAUCUAAAAAGUUGAAUGCAUAUUUACAAGAGAAAAUACACCGUUAUUGCCCCCUUCUGAAGUAUUAAAAGAGCACAGAGGAGGAACUGAAGAAUAUUUUUUUUAUUUUUUUUUAUUAUUAUUCUCAUUCUUUGGUUCGCUCUCCUUCUUUUGAUCUCAUGGCACAGUCUGACUCUUUUUUCACAUUAUCUAUUUUUCUUACUCUUUUUGAGCCCUUGAAGGCUUUGUGGGCGGUGGGGUGGAAAGAUUUCCCCAAGUGCAGUUUAUUUAUUUAUUGCAUCAGAGAGACUAAAGGACCAAGGGCAGGCUGGGUUUAUAAAACAUGAUGACAAGAUGAAGGACCAUCCGACACUGUAGAGAAAUGAAGGAUAUUAUCCAAGAACUUGUUUCUGUUGAAGGCAAGGGGGGGCGGCUCUGGGAAUAUGAACUGUCCAUCCCAUUCCCAUUCAUUUUUCCCAGAAUUCAAUGCAAACAUUGAUCUAGGUUCAGAUAUCAGAAUCAAAGACAAUCUUAUUAAUACCUUAACAAUCCACUAAGAAGAAGUGAUGUGAUUGGAAAAUAUGUUCCCCGAUGGACAUUUCAGCAGAUGGAUGACAUAUCAUUGAUGCAGCGGCACAGAGAGACUAGCAGUUCAGUUAUCAUGUAACACACCAUAGGGCAAAUUCACCUUAGCAUGCAACAUUUCACAAAAAAAAAAAACAACCAAAAAAAAAAACAAUUUUAACUGUAUUUUUUAUGUAAAUUAGGCUAAUAUUAUUUAUUUCAUCAAAAAUAAAUGCUACAAUUUUUUGGCUAUUACUGCACAAAAAUGCAGACGAUAAAUUAAAUUUAGUAAAAAGAGGUUUCAUCUGUUUUCAGUAACAGUAACAGUAAUUUAUCACACAAUGAUUAAAUGAUGAAAGAAGAGCAUUGUAAAUUUUAGUUAGUCCACCUUAGACAUUCUACUAACUAUAAGUAUCUUUGCAACUACAUGUCAACUAGCAGUCAUUAGAGUAUUAGUGACUGUCUUCUAAGAUUUUAUUUUUAACCAACAUUCAACUUACUUUAAGUAACUUUUCAAGUACAUGUCAACUUAUUUUACUAAUCCUAACCUUACAGUCUACUAAUACACUAAUGAGAGUUAGUUAACAUGUAGUUGCCAUGUUACUGUACUUAGUAUAACUUCUGAAGUAUCAAAAUCAAGUGUAACAUUAUAUCCUGAUGUAUCAUGCAGUCAAGAGCACUUUAAUCACUGUUUCAGGUGCCUAGCAUCGCUGUAUGUACAUUCCCAGUAAGGUACGCCAGAUUGCAGUAGUCUGCUGUUUCCUUCACAACCUAGCAUUUAGAACCGACCUGCGGAAUUGUGGCUUGCAAAAUGUAGCAGCCAUAACCUGCUUUGCACAAUUCCAUUUGUGAGUCAACUGCUCUCAACACACUGAUAGGCAUUUUUGCAGUUACAUCUAUGUAUAAACAUGGAGCGUACUGUAUGUCCUUGACAGAAAGUCUGCGGUCUGGUUGCAGAUGUCAUCCUCACUGUUUCAGUUUGUAUUACAUACCGAGAAUGGUAUAUUUGUUACAGCUGUAUUUCCAGUGAUACUGAAACCAAAACCUGACAUGAAUACUAUGAAUGUGUACAAGUCAAAGACAGUUUUUUUUUCUUUUCCAGAAUAUCCAGUGGUACUACAUAAUAGCAUAUGAGGCACAAGUAACGACUCUAAUCUCACAGUACUGUUGGACAAGUAAUUGAAAGGGAAUGCCAUAACAGGGACUUAUGUACAGAAUGUGUGUGUGCAUUUGCGGUACUCUCCUUCUAGUUAGUGUUUGCACCAUGGUACAGUCCCAGGAUUUUCCUAGGACCCUCUAACAGCAGGCUGUCUCAAGACGGCUGGCUCUUUGUGCCAGCCACCCCGCGGCUUCCUCUGCCAAGCGCUGUCAAAACCUUCUCCAUUAGCGGUGUCUCGAAGCCCCUGGGAAAAGACCUUGCUUGGUGCAUUUGUGAAAUUUGAAAUGGACAAGUUGCCUGUUUUGUGUGCCUUCACAGUGAAUUUUUCCCCCGAGAUUGCUUUUGUCCUUGGUUCUUUGCAAUGUACCAGACAAAAAAAAAAAAAGGAAGCCUUGUGUAAAACGGCCCUCAUCAACGGAGGGGGAGAGAGCACUCUGGCACAAAGAGGCAGUCCAAACACAGCCACACGAAUAAUGUACACUCUGUAUUCAUGAUGUUGUUUUAUAUUGUACAUACAGAUAAAUAUAUGCACACAAUAUCCUUUAAGUUAUCGGUUGAAGAUUGGGGUUAUAGGUCAUAAUAAAGAUGUAGAUGAGGUAUUAUGCAUUUUCAGAGAGUAAUAAUUGGUCAUUGUAGCCCUUGACCCGCUCAGCUCCCUUUAAUAAGUAAAAUCAUUUCUUUCUUGAUGGCUACUUGUAUAUCUGCCAUUGAUGGACCUUAAUAUUUAAUAGAGGAUAAGCCAUAAGACGUGAGGAAGCAUGCAUACAAAACUCUUUUUGGGCCAAUUUCAAGUGUAUGUGCCAACCUGGUUGCAGUCUGUAAUGUAGCCGAGUGCUGUAUAUGCCAAUUCGGCGCCUUCUUGUUUCCUUCCCCAGCAACUGUGUUUGAUACCCACCGACACACCUCUUCCCAAGUGUACACACACACUACUUCCCGAGUGUACACAGGGUAACACAACCUCAUAAAUAGAGACACACUCAAGACGCACUCUCCAGAGCCACAUUCUCCACGAGGCGGUGUAGGCAGUGUUGCUAACUGAACUGUUGUCAGUAAGUGUGAUGGAUGGGCUGUCAUGCAGAGUAGGGAGUGAAUAAUGGGAAUUGUAAGGAGAACACGGGGUAAACACCCUACAUUGAUACUCCAAUACCUGAACCUCAGAAAAGAGACUGAAAUGAAACCCAUCCAAUUGGACCUUCACAAUAUGGCUGUUUUUGUGGGCAGUUACUCUACUUGUCCAAGUCUUGAAAUAUUUGCUCUGUUCCAAAUCCUAUUGAGCUGCCUUGCUGUCUACUGCCUAUAUAUGUAGGUGGCUUUACGGUUAGCAUCCUAAUAGAGUGCAAUAGUGCCCAUCCACCUUCAGUGGCCUUGGUUACUGAAGUAUUUUUCUCAUAGCUAGAUUUUUUAAAAGUCUUCAUUUAAGCAUUAUAAGCCAUGAACCACACCAACCAGUUACAAGAAGGAUCACAUAUUAAAAGCCUUGAUUUGAUGCUAAAUUAUAUUUGAUUUCAAUAGAGCUUGGCGUUAAUAUGUUGCUUAGCUAAUGACACACUCUAGUUAUCAUUUUCUGCUCUUUGUCAAACAUCUUGGAUGAAUUUUUUUUUUCUAUUUGAAAUGCAUCAGAUGACUGCAAUUUACAAAAUGUGGCCUUGCUAUCUACUGCCUACACAAAUGAAGAGCCUCGGCAACAUCCUGACUGACAUAUCCUAACUUGUACUGUUCAGUAAGGAACAUAUUAAUGCCAAGAUCUAACAUGAAAGGGUGGGGAUUGUGACUUUAAUACAGAUUCAAAGCUAAAGGUACAUUUGGUACAUUUGGGUUUCAGACUGGUACUGUAAUAAGGCAUGAAAUGCAUAAUACACAAAUAUUGACUCAAAUAGUCUGUUUUAAUUAUAUCAAUAAAGAAAAUUUGGCUCUAACCAAUUUAAUUUAUUUUAUAAUUUUUUUUUAUUUUUAUUAUUAGUGCAAUUCAUUAUGCGAUAACAUUAUAAGAUCCAGGCGAUGCUUGCCAUCAGAAGGUAUAUCAGAACCUUUUGGAACAGCCUUAAAUGCUUUAAAAUAAUACCUACAUAGGCAGCUCUGUAGGUUUUGUAAUAGAACCAUUGUUAUAAGUAUAUUUUGUUCCCUUUUUAAUUUUACGACAUUACAGCACCAAACUAGCCAAAAUUGGCCAGCUUUAUUACAAGGAAAGCUGAUUGAAAGCUUGCCUUCCAGCAGUUCUUUUCUCACAUUCGGGCACUUAAGGUGAUUUUUAUUCCUUCCCCAGCAUCUUCCAGCAAGAAGAACCGGUCUUUUUCCUCAGACAAUUAAUCUUUAGUGGCUAUUAUUUUAACACUGUUAAAGAGCUGGCAUGGGUGUUUAGAAACCAUCAGUGUAUGUACACUCUUCCCUAGAGCCGCCAAAGCAUCUGAAGCUGUGCUCACGUUGCAAGAGGACAUUCAGUUUUAAAUGGGAGCUUAAUCCAGGGAAUGAGUUAAGGUCCAUCUGCGGUGUAUUUGUGAGAAAACACUCUACUUAAAAGACGUACUUGACUGUGUAUGUAGCCUCUAAACGAUCAUUGUUACCCAACUAAAUAAUGUUGGAUGUCUGAAAAGGCUCCUUCGACUCCUCUUAGAAACUGUAGCAGUAUGUGUUACUUCAAGGGGAAUUAUUUUCCAUUGGAAAAGCAAAGGAAUUGCAUGUUAUGGCCUAAAGGUCAGAUAUUGGGAAUGCUUUGCUUCUGUGUUCAUACCUGUAUUCGGCUGAAUAUGUAAGUGUAUAUUUGACCAACAUCCUCUCUGUCUCUUUUCAUUCACUGUGCUUUCCUCUGUUAUCUUGAGGUUUUUUUCUGUUCUUGUUUUGUUUGUGAAUGUGGGAACUAAGGCCUGUAUUUGCCUGAGAGUCCUUGUCUGGUUAGACUGAAGGGAAAAUACUCAUGAUCUUCAUUUCUCUUUGCUGUUGCAGACAUUUUGAGUUUUGUAAACCAGUUUGUUCAUUUUGAAGAAGAUCCAUUCUUGUAAAUAUGUCCCUCUACAAGUAAAAAAAUGUAUAUUUUUACGUACUCUGAGUUAUUAAUACUUCAUUUGCAAAUAAAAUAUUCAACGA